GCAAAGCCGAGCCGUCCGCGCGCUGCCGCUUCUUCCGCGUUCAGCGCUCCGCCGGUGACACAAGCACACGGAUCCCGAGCCGUUCCAGCCGCCUUCAUUCACACAGCAGCUCAUUCAUUCGUUCACCGGAAGAGAAGUAAAGCCGAGAUGUCUUACGAGCUCAAGAGCGUGUUCGCCAGCCUUCCUCACAUGGAGAGGGGUGUGGCCAAGGUCCUGGGCGGAGACCCCAAAGGGAACAACUUCCUGUACACCAACGGCAAGAGUGUGAUCAUCAGGAACAUCGAGAACCCAGCGAUCGCAGACGUCUACACCGAGCAUCCUCAUCAGGUUAUCGUGGCCAAAUACGCUCCCAGUGGUUUCUACAUCGCGUCUGGGGAUGUGUCGGGGAAGAUCCGUAUCUGGGACACGACGCAGAAGGAGCACCUGCUGAAGUACGAGUACCAGCCCUUCGGAGGGAAGAUCAAAGACAUCGCUUGGACCGAAGACAGCAAGAGGAUCGCCGUAGUGGGGGAGGGGCGAGAGAAGUUCGGGGCGGUGUUCCUCUGGGAUUCGGGCUCGUCGGUCGGAGAGAUCGUGGGUCACAGUAAGAUCAUCAACAGUGUGGACCUCAAGCAGACACGUCCGUAUCGUCUGGUGACGGGCAGUGAUGACGCCUGCACCACCUUCCUGGAGGGACCACCCUUCAAGUUCAAGUGCACCAUCAGUGAUCACAGUCGCUUCGUCAACUGUGUGCGGUUCUCUCCGGACGGGAAUCGUUACGCUUCAGCCGGAGCCGACGGACAGAUCUUCCUGUAUGAUGGUAAGACUGGAGACAAGCUGGGCUCUCUGGGAGGAGAGAAGGCUCACGAGGGAGGCAUUUACGCUGUCAGCUGGAGUCCUGACAGCACACAGCUGAUCUCAGCGUCAGGUGAUAAGACGGUCAAACUGUGGGACGUGGGCAGCGGGACGGCGGUCACCACCUUUAACCUGGGCUCAGGUGUUCUGGACCAGCAGCUGGGCUGUUUAUGGCAGAAGAACCACCUGCUCAGCGUCUCUCUGUCUGGAUACAUCAACUACCUGGACAGGAACAACCCUGACCGGCCGCUGCGCACCAUCAAGGGUCACUCCAAAUCCAUCCAGUGUGUGACGGUCCAUAAGACAGACGGCCGGUCCACCAUCUACUCAGGCAGCCAUGACGGACACAUUAAUUACUGGGACUCUGAGAGCGGAGAGAACGAGGAGUUUGUGGGUAAAGGACACUCGAACCUGGUGUCCAGGAUGACUGUGGACGAGUCCGGCCGCCUGGUGACCUGCAGCAUGGACGACACGGUCCGCUACACUGACCUGAGCAAGAGAGAGUACAGUGCGUCUGAUGUAGUUAAGAUGGACAUGCAGCCCAAGUGCAUCAGUGUGGGUCCAGGAGGUCUCACGGUCACCGUGUGUAUUGGACAGCUGGUGCUGCUGAAGGACAAGAAGAAGCUGUUCACGCUGGACUCGCUCGGCUACGAGCCCGAAGCGGCAACUGUUCACCCUGGGGGCGGAGCUGUGGCUGUGGGCGGAGCUGAUGGGAAGGUGCGUCUGUACUCGGUUCAGGGGAACACACUGAAGGAUGAUGGGAAGGUUCUGGAGGUUCAGGGGCCGGUGACGGACAUGUCGUACUCUCCAGACGGAGCGUAUCUGGCCGUGACGGAUGAGAAGAAGGUCAUCACGGUGUUCACCGUCGCUGACAGAUACACGGAGAAGAGCGAGUUCUACGGUCAUCACGCGAAGGUGGUGUGUCUGUCCUGGUCACCUGAUAAUGACCGCUUCGCCACCAGCGGCAUGGACAUGAUGGUGUACGUGUGGGCUGUCAGCAAUCCUGACAAGAGGAUCAAGAUCCCAGACGCUCAUCGUCUGCAUCACGUCAGCGGUCUGGCCUGGCUCAACCCCAACACACUCAUCACCUCGUCUCACGACGCCUGCGUCAAACAGUGGACGCUCAGAAACUAACUCAGAUCACCAGGAACAGAGACGGCCGUCUCGCUCUCGCUGUCUUUCUGUCGCUCUUCCUCUGUCUCUCUGUCGUCAGGUCACUGCUGCUCUCCACUCAACCAGCUGACCAACAAACGCCUGUGAUGUCAUCGUGUGUGUGAUGUCACCACGCACUUGACCUUCACACACUCACUCUCUCACACACACACACACACACACACACACUCACUCAAACACAUGAGACCAGAAUCUGUCGUGUGACAUUCCAGAUGCAGGGGUCAGAGUUCACGAGGUGUUCCUGAGCCCUGAUUGGCCGAGAGCUACUCUUCCUUCUUGAGGGACGUUAGGGAGCAAUAAUCAACAGAAACCAAUCGCAGAACCUGUGUGUGUGUGUGUGUGUGUGUGUGAGACAGUAUGUUGCUCUCUUCUAACCCUCACAUGAUGUUUAUUUACUACGAUUUGUCUCUAAUUUUGUUUUUCAUUGGGUGGAUGUGAUUCAUAAUAAUAUUAAUAAUAAUAAAAGAAAAUUUUUAUGCACUUUCUGCCGUCCAGUUUGUCUUAAAACUGAUUCACAAACGUGUGUGAAUCUGACCAAAAAAGUUUAAAGUUUCACCCAUAAAUGCAAAAAAUAAUAAUAAUAAUAAAAUGAGAAAUUAUUAUAAUUAAUCAAAUGUUUGUUAAGGACAGUAGGUGGAGUAUUAUUCGGAUGUAAAUUAAUCUUAUCUGAGCUCCAAACUCCAAAACUAAACUGAUAAAUAGAUAGAAUUAUGAA